AUGGUAGAGGGCUCCAGCUUGUCUGUUGAGUCUGUGUUAUCUGCCAUUGAUGCGUUGUAUAUGAAUCCAGAUACAUCUAUCAAAGAGCAAGCUUCAAAAUGGCUGUGUGAAUUUCAAAAAUCAGUUUAUGCUUGGCAAAUAUCUGAUCAGUUGCUUUACAUGAAUAGAGAUUUAAAUUCUUGUUACUUUGGAGCUCAAACCAUACGCAAAAAGAUUCAAUGUCACUUUACUGAACUCCCAGUGGAGUCGCACGAAGGACUAAAAAACUCUCUCCUGCAACAUGUCCAAGAACUUAGAGAAAACACUAGCCUACCGAUAGCAAAUCAAUUGUGCUUAGCCGUCGCAGAUUUGUUUUGCCAUAUGGUUCAGUGGAAAAAUGGUAUCAAAGAUAUUGUUUCGAAAUUUUCAGAAACAGACGUCUCCUGUAGCUACUUAAUUGACAUUCUGAAAUUUAUUCCUGAAGAGAUGAACAGCAGCACUCUUCGACUAGGAAUGAAUCGUCGACACGCUCUUAUGAGUCAGUUUGAAGGGAGCAAACAGUUUGUGUUGGAGUUUCUGUCUCACAGAGCAAAAUCAGAACAAAUGGUUAUCUUAGCUAAAGUAUAUAAUUGUCUUGCAAGUUGGUGGGAUAAUACUGGAGUCAUGGUUGAACACGAUGUACCGAUUGACCCUCUCUUAAACACUGCAUUUGCUAUCCUUCGGAAUCCUUCCACUACUCCUGAAUCAACUUUCGAUGCAGCAUCUCAGUGGGUGCUAGCACUUUUAUACCAGUGUAAGCAACUUAGCAACUCAAACAGUGAAUUACUGCGUUGGCUUCAGGAAAAUAUUUACAGCCUAGUUAGUGUUGUGCAGGAAUGUUCCAAUUCUGUCGCGUCUGCGUUAGGAUCAAUUCAACAGCAAGAACAGCUUGAACUGUACAAAGAUCGGUGUACUUGUUUGGCUCACAUUUUCUCGUCAUUAGCCAGAACUUUACGGCCUCCUCUAGUAGAUCAGCCCACUAGCCCUGGAUCUGGUGGUCUUGGAGACUUGCGUACUAUGGAGUGUAUUCUUGUAGUUCUUGAAAUACCUCCUCCUCUCGGUAGUCGUGAAUUGGCAUCUAUUACAUUCCACGCCUUACAUUCGUUGGCUGAUGAUGCAAUUCGACACCGGUCCAUGAGUGCUGCAGUAUCUGUGAAUCAGGGCCCCUUGGAAUCUUCGGUUAACAACUCUAAUACCUCUACUGGCGUGGCACGCCCAAUUGCAGCCUUAAUUCCUUACUUCACUCGCGUUGUGGUUGCGUUAACUAGUUACUGUCCUAGUAAUACAUCCGACUUAGAAAGCACCGAUGAAUUAAGAGAUUUUCGUGAGGAUGUUCAUGAUCUCAUGCAAGAUAUUCUGGGUUUGGUUGGAGCUGAGGCUAUUUUUGUCGAGCUAUACAAUUAUGUACAGAAGCUGCAAAUGUUAGCUAUGUCUGAGAAUGCACAGGCGUCGGCAUAUGAAGUGCUUCGAGAGUCUGAAGCAUGUCUGUUCAUGCUUACAACUGUUGCUAAACGUCUAUCUCCUCGUGAUCCUGAAGGACAUAUUUCGAAUCUUAUAUCAAAAUUAGUACUCCCAGGUCUCACAGGACCAUGCCCUCCUGCUCUUCAAGAAGUCGGUUGUAUGCUGUAUAUGGAGUUGGCUCAUUGGGCUGCCUGCCAUCCUCAGCUCCGGCGUCAAAUCGUUAACCAGCUGAUUGAGAUAAUCGAGAAGUCUGCUGGCGUUGAGUCCCAAACUUUACGGCCAGGUCAAAAGCUUGCUGUUGGAGCGGCACUUUCAGCUCUUGGUUCUUUAUGUGCUGUGUAUCGCGCAACCCCAACAUCUACACCUAACGGAGAUGUUUCUACUCAUUCCCCUUGUAACUCCGAUUCUCUUCGUCUUGCUCUAAUUGACGAACAUUGGCAAGAUUUGGUCAAUCGAGUUGCCUACAAUCUACCAAGACUUGCUUGGGUUCCUAUCCAUGAUGCUACUCAUUUUUUCUCUGGUAUUGGACGAGGUCUAAUAUGCUCUGUGGGCACAGGUGGUGGGGGAGUUGAAUUCGACCCUCGAGUGUCUAGACAAGCUUUUCCGAUGAGAGUAGCACAAAUAUGUAGCGUCAGCUUGGAAUGUUUAUCUAAGCUGAUGGAUGGUAAUGUCCCUAUCGAAGGUUCAGAUACUCUCAGUGAUCCCCGUGUAUGGCUUGAUUACGUAGCAGCACUGUUUCGUACUUUCAAUUGCCUUUUACGACGUUUGGGAAACCCAAGUUCUAGUCAGUGGGACACAAGGGAACGCAACGCUGUUGAUCGUACUACGUCCGAGUUGGUGCUUUCUGCUCAGAAUUGUUUAGCUGAAUGCUUGCAGUUAGUAAGAGAAGUAAUAUGGCCAGUUGUUACCCGUGUACUCACACAUUAUGCCUCGCGCAUGCGUCCAAUGGAGCAUGUUUGUCGUCUCAUACGUUUCAUUGUGCGUUGUUUUUCUGUGCACUUACGAGAUCUUCUCCCGGAGCUUGCUGAAAAAAUUGUACUGUCUUACACAACUGGAGGACAACAUUCAAGUUUUCUCUAUUUAACAAGCGUGCUAGUUGAUGAAUUCGGAGAACAAUUAGAUUGCAGAGUUGGUUUGGUUAACGUGUAUGAGGCAUUGAGUGGUCCAACACUGAAAUCUAUCUCUGGUUCUGGCCUUAUACAACAACCGCAUACUGUGGAAGAUCUAUUUCGGUUAUGCACCCGACUUGUACAACACUGUGCAGCUGUUUUUCUCACCAGUAGCAGGAUCAAUUUGAAUGAACUCUGCGAUACCGCUGUCUCUUCUCUAAAUCUGUGUUGUUCCGGCCCUGGUGCUGGUUCGUCUAGUGAUGAUACACCGGAUCCAAACUCAUCUAAUAAUGAUGAAUCGAGUUCAUCGUCAGCUUCUACCAGCGCAUCAGCUGCAGCUGCUCGAUUUUUCAUCGAACUUAUCAUUUUUACGAACGAGGCAUGUGAGGAGACACCAAUGCAGGUUGUACAGAUUUUGGAGUCUGGUAGACAUCUUCCUACUCCCUCUUGUCAGUCAGCUCUAGCUGCUCAAAAUGUUAUUGUGUGGUUAACUUACUCCAGGCCUACGCAGCCUACUGAUCCUAGUAAUAUGAAUAGUUGUUGCGGCGGACAACGGUUAGUUUCAGCAUUAUUGCAAGCAUGUUGUCUUGGAUUAAUGGAUGAAAGGUUUCCCGAGAUGGCGGAUAUUUUAUAUCAUCUUAAGGUCAUGAUUAAUCAAGAAAUGUUUCUUAACUGGCUGAAGAACGCAGUAGCCAAUUUGUCAACUAUGCGUACUGAUGGUUUAGUCCAAGCUACACAAGACCAAAUUACCGAUUUUCAAGAUGUUGUUAUGAAUUCAUCCCGAAGUUCAACGAUCGUACAUGCGCUUGACUCAUUUUCAAGAUUGUUCCGAUGA